AUGUCCUUAAUUUCCAGCAACAGCAGCAAACAUCGCCGGCGCCGUCCCACUGUGCAUCAUGCAUCCAGCGGCGUCUCCCCAGGCGCCGGCACGGCGGCGCCCUCCCCCUGGGCGUCGAUGAACCAAGACUUGAUCCGCCUGAUCACCUGGCUGGUGCUGGCCGGAGACUUACUCGACUACGUCCGCUUCCGCGCGGCCUGCCGCCACUGGCGGUCCAGCACCGUCUGCCCACGCGGCCGCGGCGUCGUCGACCCACGGUUCCACCCACGGCGCUGGAUGAUGUUCCCGGAGGGCCACGGCCUGCACCCAUCCCACACCAGGCUCCGCGGCUACGUCCGCUUCCUCAACCUCGACACGGGGAGGUUCGUCCGCGCCAAGCUCCCGGCCUUCAAGGACCACUGCGUCCUAGACUCGGUGGACGGCCUGCUGGUCAUGCACAGGGACGAGGACACGGCCGUCCGCCUCCUCCACCCUUUCACCAGCGACGUCGUGGACCUCCCGCGGCUCGUGACCCUCGCGCCGCACAUCGACCUGAGAGGAGUGUGCGCUUCCGUCAGCGUCAGCGCCGCCGGAGUUGUCACCGUCUUUCUUGCGCUGCAUCGGAUGGGCCGCGUCGCCAUCCCCACCUCCCGGGAUCAGCAAUGGCACAUGUCAACCUGGCACAUUUCAGUUUCAGUUUCAGAAAAAUUUCAGCACCAACCGAAAUCACUGAAUUUCAGUGAUUUCAGUUUUCAUUUCAGCCAAAUGACCGAAAUAUUCACUUGA